CCGGAAGUGUGUACAUUUUGGUCUGUUGCCGAGCAGCAAGAAGCGAAGACGAAGAAUAUGUCAAGUGACCUAGUGGCCACAUGGGAGGUCGCUCUAAGUGAUGGGGUGCACACGAUAGAAUUCGAACAUGGAACAACAACAGGCAAGAGAGUCAUCCGUGUAGAUGGAAAGGAAAUACAUAGAGAAGACUGGAUGUUCAAAUUGGUUGGCAAGGAAGCAUUCAAGGUGGGCAAGGCCAAGUGUGAGAUAACCAUUGAGGCAGUCAGUGGAUUUGCCUAUGAGUACACGUUGCAAGUAAAUGGCAAAAGUUUGCAGAAGUUCUGUGAGAACCAGCGCAAGAUCACCCAGUCCUGGAUACUCCACAUAGGCGAGAACCCGAUAAGGGUCACCAUGGAGAAGGACACGGUUGAUGUGUGGGUGAAUGGAGAAAAAGUAAACACUGCUGCCGAGUUUGUUGAUGACGGAACUGAGACCCACUUUGAGAUCGGUGCUCAUUCCGCCUACAUCAAAAUCUGCAGCAGCGGCAAACGUCGAAGUGGCUUGGUGCACCAGCUGUUUGUGGACGAUGUGGAGAUACCACUUGCCAAUGACUGAGGAAACAGGAUUUCGAUCAAACAACGGAUAUAUCAAAACAAUUCACCUCAGUUCAUACUUAGACCUGAUUGUUUGGUUGUGGAAUAACUGUAGGAUUGAGCAUAUGAAUGUUUCAUGUGAUUUUUUCAAGAUUUAGCAUGGUAGUGAAAUACCUCAGUUGUCUGGAACUAUACAUAUAAAGGUAUAUUUUUUGGUGAACAAUUCAGAGAAUGAGAUAUCGAUAUGUUAUUUUUCUUGUCUUAUAAUUGUGAUACUUUACCGUCCACCUUCAGUAGAUCUUUAGUCACCUCGAGCAAACUGACCAGAGUGAAAGGUAUUAUACAGGCGAUUCUUAAUUUUAACAGUGUAACAAAUAAUUGUGAUGGUUUUGAUUGAAAAGAGGUAUGGAUCAAGACUAUUUUUGUUCAAAAUCAGUCAAAUGUGCAAAUUAUAUUUUUAUUGGGCAAUUACGUAUUGCAAUUUGUUU